AUGACACGGCUGAACCCGUUCUGGCAGUUCUGGCUGGGACUGAGCCCAGAGGAAACCUUUGCUUGGCUGCUCCUGAUAUUAAUUUGGGCCACCAGGCUCCUGAGCAAAAUUCUGAAAUGGACCUACUCCUUCUAUGAAUACUAUUGUCACCUCCGCAGUUUCCCUCAGCCCCUCAAAAGGAACUGGUUCUUUGGUCACUGGGGCAUGGUGCCUUCCACGGAGCAGGGUUUGAAGGAUAUAGCUCAGCUGGUUGCCACUUACCCCCAGGGCUUUAUGAUGUGGAUGGGCCCCAUGACACCCAUCAUCACCUUGUGCCACCCUGACGACAUCUGGUGUGUCCUCAGUGCCUCAGCUGAGGUUGCAGUCAAGGACAUCUUUGCCUACAACUUCCUGAAACCAUGGCUGGGGGGUGGGCUCUUGCUGAUUUCUGGUCACAAGUGGAGCCACCGCCGUCGUGUACUGACACCUGCCUUCCAUUUCAACGUCCUGAAGUCCUAUGUGAAGGUUUUCAGUGACUGCACAAAUGUCAUGCACGCCAAGUGGCAGCGCCUGGCCUCAGAGGGCAGCACCCGUCUGGACAUGUUUGAGCACAUCAGCCUGAUGACCUUGGACAGCCUGCAGAAAUGCAUAUUCUGCAUCAAGAGCAACUGUCAAGAGAAGCAGAAGGAAUAUAUUUCCACCAUCUUGGAGCUCAGUGCCCUUGUGACAAAAAGAAUUAAUCAGCUCCACCUGCACAAUGACUUCCUGUACCGUCGCACCCAUGAUGGGCAGCGCUUCCAGAAGCUCUGCAGACUGAUAUAUAAUUCCACAUAUACUGCCAUCUUGGAGCGGUGUCUCACUGUAUUCAGGCUCAAGACCAGAACUCUUAACUUCAUUGAUGUGCUUUUGCUGAGUGAGGAUGAAGAUGGAAAGGACUUGUCACUUGAGGACAUGGGGGCAGAGGUUGCCACUUUCAUGUUUGAGGGCCAUGACACCACGGCCAGUGGCCUCUCCUGGGCCCUGUACAACCUGGCGAGGCACCCAGAGUACCAGGAGCGCUGCCGGCAGGAGGUGCGAGAGCUCCUGAGGGGCCGUGAGCCUGAAGAGAUUGAAUGGGACGACCUGACCCAGCUGCCCUUCCUGACCAUGUGCCUCAAGGAGAGUCUGAGGCUGCACCCCCCAAUCACCAGCAUCUCCCGCUGCUGCACCCAGGACAUUGUGCUCCCCGACGGCCGCGUCAUCCCCAAAGGUGUUAUCUGCCUCAUCAGUAUUUUUGGGCUCCAUCACAACCCCGCUGUGUGGCCGGACCCCGAGGUCUAUGACCCCUUCCGCUUUGACCCAGAAAACAUCAAGGACAGGUCACCUCUGGCCUUUAUUCCUUUCUCCGCGGGGCCCAGGAACUGCAUCGGGCAGACCUUCGCCAUGGCCGAGAUGAAGGUGGUGCUGGCACUGACUCUGCUGCGCUUCCGCGUCCUGCCCGACGACGCCGAGCCGCGCCGGAAGCCGGAGCUGAUCCUGCGCGCGGAGGGCGGGCUGUGGCUGAGGCUGGAGCCGCUGAGCGCGAGAGCGCGCGGCGUCCCGUGGCCUGGGACCCAGCUGACCCCACUCACCUUUGCGGUCUCUGAGGAAUAA